AUGCGCGCUGUUCCAUUGGGAAGAGAGGAGGAGUCUUCGGCUAUUUACAAGCUGCUGAAAGAGUCAAUAGAAGAGAGGGACUAUGGCGUCCUGUAUGUCAGCGGUAUGCCAGGGUGCGGCAAAACACUAACGUGCUCGAGCGUGCUGGAGAUAGUCAAGGAAAACUACCCGAAUAUUAACACCAUAAGUAUCAACUGCGGGUCUCUUAUUCUUCCGUCUGAUGUGUUUCUUACCAUCCACCAGGCACUGGAUAGCAAAACAACAUACUCAUCGGCCAGAGUGCUAGAAGACACUCUGAAGUCAGAAGAGUACACAAUUAUCCUGGCAGAUGAGGUGGACAUGCUUAUAACAAAAAACCAGCACAUACUGUACGGCCUCCUGGAGCUACCGUCACUGUGCAAAAAUAUUUACAUUAUUGCGAUCUCCAACACUUUUAACCUCCCAGAUAAAAGACUCACCAGCAAAGUAAGAAGCAGGCUGGGAUGGAACAGACUUAACUUUGCGCUGUACAAGAAGUCCCAGGUCAUCGGAAUCCUGCGGGAGAGCGUCAACGCAGUGAACAGCGAUCUGAUGAAAAAUGAAAAAUCGAAAAAAUCAGAAAAAAGAGUGUCUGAUACGCAGGAUCAAAACGGCGCAGAAAACGACGAAGAGACAGACGGAUACGGGAACGAGGAAGGACAUGGAGACAGAGUGAGAUGCGAGUUUACACAGGAGGCACUGGAGUACUGUGCAAAUAAAAUAUGCACACUGAACGGAGACAUAAGAAAAGCUUUGCAGAUACAAAAGUAUGCGAUCUCGCACGCGGUUAGAAACGGGCUCAGCACAGUGGGAAUGGCCGAGAUGGACAAAGCGGUAAAGUACGUGUACCACUCGAUGCAGAGCAGCUUCAUCAGGUCGCUGUCAGAGUACCAGAAAAUACUGCUCGGAAUAGUGUCAAAGAAAGGGCACUCGUUCCCAGAUAGCUUGUAUGUUGACUUCAGAGCCAUUCUGCUGCUGAAACAGUACCCCGUGCCAGGCUUCAAGGAGUUCCAGUUUAUGAUUGAGAAAAUGUCAGAGAUAGGCGUGCUGAAAGGAAGAAGCAACAGCCUGGCAGUGGAAACAGACUACAUCCCGGAUGAGCUUGAGAUUAUUUUCCAGGAAGAGGAGAACGACGAGCUGGAGAUAGUAGAGAUAUCAUGA